AUGAGCCGCGCCUUCAGGAUUCUCAUCUUAUAUGGCAGUCAAACGGGGAACGCGCGUACAAUCGCCGAAAGACUGGCUUUACACGCCUGUCGACUCUUCCGCCUCAGAAAUUACCCCGCCGACUGUCCCGCCUCCCUCGUGUACGUCUCCUCCGCAGAUGAGUAUCAACCGCUGCACGAGUUGGCCCAUGAACCGGGCCCGGUCAUCUUCAUUUGCUCCACCACGGGCCGUGGAGAUCCACCCGACAAUAUGGCGGCUUUCUGGCGCAAGAUUAUGAAUGUUCGUCUGCCAGAGGGCUGUACCUUUCCGACCUCUCUGCGUUUUGUGGUGCUGGGUAUGGGCGAUUCCUCCUACGAACACUAUAAUCAUGUUGGGAAGAAACUGUAUCGCCGCCUGGUUCACCUCGGUGCCUCCCCACUUCCCGUCUCGCUUGCGUUGGCGGAUAAAACUCAGGAUAUCGGACUCGGUCUGGCGGACGAAUCGGCUCCCGAGGGCGUUAUGGCCUGCAUGCAGUGGUUCAUCCCGUCUCUGUGGAAUACUAUAAAUUCCCAUUACGCCACGAGCGUUCAACCCCUAGGCACACUUAGCUUCCCGAUCACCUGGGACGACCUCGAGAAUCCGGAAUUUUUAGCCUCGCUGCAACCCAGAUUCAUCGUUAAAUGUGUAAAAAAGCCGGACACUGGUCUGGAUGCAGUGAACUCUGUUAAUGGCACCCAGUUUGAUAACGAUAACUACCUCAGUGAACGAAUAGAGGCCCUUUUACAGCAUGAUAGCUCGCUCUUCAAGGAGCCACCCAUGCCGGCAGUAGCUUCAAAUUUUGUUGUAGUCUCUAACGAACGCUUGACGCCCGAGGAUUACUUUCAGGAUACCAGACUCAUCCGACUGGAAAUGGAGUGGAGGACAAUGUCAGAUAUCAACAAGUGA